AUGUUUCUCCAUUUCGUUGGCUUCUACUUGGUGCUCAGCGUUUGCCUGUUGCACGUAAAAUCUCAAGAGAACACAACUCUGGCAGGAAACACAACUGUCGCGGGAAACUCCACAAAAAUUGUGAUGGUGCGUCCACUACACAAGAACGAGGAUCGAAAGAAGGAUAUGAUGCAUAUUGUCAUACACAAGAUACUGCCGGGGGAUCCCUACUACAGAGUGUUCGAUGGCGACCAAACCAAAGCGCGACGCUUCACCAACAAGAUUUGGCAACGUCUCCUGGAUCGUUACAAUACCAUGCUGAUAUAAUUUAAGUGAAGUUUAUUUAACUAGUAAUUUUGUUAGGUGAUUAUAAUAAAACUGGAGCUGAAG